AUGUCUGCGGCGAGCAACAUCGAAGGCCUCGGGCUUCCGCCGAGGUCGGGAACAACUCUGACUGUUCUUGGAUGUGGAACUCUCGGAGUUGCUAUUCUCUCAGGCGUGUUCGCAUCGCUGGCCGAGGCGAAACGGACUGACUCACGCUUUUUCCCUGGAUGUGGCACUGCGACGCCUCCUGAGGAAGUCUCUCCACACCAAAUUCCCUCUCGAUUCAUUGCGUGCGUGAGACGCCCCGAAUCUGCGCUUCGUAUUCAAAAGACCCUCAGACAAUACUCUUACCCUCUCACGAUCUUGCAAAAUGAGAAUAUCCGUGGCGUGCAGGAGGCCGAUGUCAUCAUCCUCGGCUGCAAACCAUUCAUGCUCAAAGAUGUCCUGAGCGUUCCUGGAAUGCGAGAAGCCCUCAAGGGCAAAUUGCUCGUCAGUAUUCUUGCAGGAGUCACUGCUGAGCAGAUUGAAGAUACCCUCUACAAAGACACCGACAUUCCAGACGUCGAUAAGUGCCGCGUUGUACGCGCCAUGCCAAACACUGCCGCCAUGGUCCGAGAGUCAAUGACUGUUAUCGGCGAGAGCAACCCUCCCCUUCCUCCCCACUGGGAAUCCCUGGUAAAUUGGAUCUUCUCACGCAUCGGCCGCGUCGUGACCCUUCCCGCCGCUAAAAUGGACGCCAGCACCUCCGUCGCUGGUUCCGGUCCUGCGUUUGCGGCUUUGGUCCUUGAGGCCAUCGCCGAUGGUGGCGUGGCGAUGGGACUUCCGCGCGCAGAGGCUCAGGCGAUGGCUGCACAAGUUUUACGUGGAACAGCCAGCAUGGUUCAACAUGGAGAGCAUCCUGCCCUCAUCCGAGAGAAAGUUAGCACCCCUGGUGGAUGUACGAUCGGUGGCUUGAUGGUGCUUGAAGAAGACGGUGUCAGAGGUAAAAUUUCCAAGGCCGUUAGGCAAGCUACGGUUAUUGCAAGUCAGCUGGGACAGGUGAAGACGCAAGGCGUUAAUGGGACAAAAUGA